AUGAUCGACGUUGACGUGCUGCUUCUGUUUCACGGUGUGGCGAUCGUUCUUCUAACGCAUGUGAUCCUCUUAUGCGGAAGAAAGAAGGCGGGUGCGGAUGCCGAAGUAUCAGACCGCCAAUCAACGGAACCCGUGUCUGAACCCACUGAACGUAGCGAAAAGGCUAAAUCUGAGCGGGUUCUAGACAAGGAACAACUCUCCGUCAUCGCAAUAUGCAAGUUCUGUCUCCGUGAUAUUAUAAUCAAUCGUGCAUUGCAAAUUGAGCUGGAGAUGCAAGAGUGUGCUCAUUUAUAG